AUGGAAAGGCUGGUUGAACGGUUGGAGAAGGCUGUGGAGCGCCUGGAGACGGUGUGCCAAGGACCUGGCAUGUGCGGAGAUGGCUCUUCCAAAGGAGUGGCUCAGUAUGUGGAGGCUUUUGAUGCCCUUCUGGCUGGCCCAGUAGCUGAAUACAUCAAGAUCAGCAAAGAAGUUGGUGGGGAUGUGCAGAAGCAUGCUGAGAUGGUUCAUGCAGGCUUGAUGAGUGAGAGGGCUCUUCUGGUGGUGGCAUCUCAACAUCAGCAGCCAGCAGAGAACGCGUUUUCAUCGCUUCUGAAACCGAUUUCAGAGCAAAUCCAGGUGGUGCAGAAUUUCAGGGAGAAGAACCGUGGUAGCAAAAUGUUCAAUCACUUAUCGGCAGUCAGCGAGAGCAUCCCAGCCCUGGGCUGGGUGGCCCUGGCUCCAAAGCCUGGUCCUUUUGUGAAGGAAAUGACCGAUGCUGCCAUGUUUUAUACCAACAGGAUCCUCAAGGAGUACAAGGAUGUAGAUAAAAAGCAAGUGGUCUGGGUGAAAGCUUAUCUGAGUAUCUGGACAGAGCUGCAGGCCUAUAUCAAAGAGUAUCACACCACAGGGCUGACUUGGAGCAAAACAGGUCCUGUAGCAACAGAAGGGGCUAAAUCACCCUCUGGUCCCCCAGCCGGGGCUGCGCCUCCCCCACCAGGCCCUCCUCCCCCACCAGCUCCUGCCCCCACGAGCUGCAGCACAGACGACUCUGCCUCCCGCUCCGCGCUCUUCGCCCAGAUCAAUCGGGGAGAAGGCAUCACCUCUGGCUUAAGACAUGUUUCAGAUGACAUGAAGACCCACAAGAAUCCAGCACUGAAGAACCAAGGGGGUCCUGUGAGAAGUGGACCCAAACCUUUCACUGCUCCCAAGCCAGCCUGUAAUGCUAAUCCCUCCCAAAAAACCUCAACAAAGGCACCUGCGUUGCUAGAAUUAGAGGGCAAAAAGUGGAGAGUGGAAAACCAGGAGAAUGCCUCUAACCUGGUAAUCAGUGACACAGAGUUGAAGCAGGUAGCAUAUGUUUUCAAGUGCACAAAUAGUACACUCCAAAUCAAAGGCAAGAUCAACUCCAUCACCCUCGAUAACUGUAAGAAGCUAGGUCUGGUAUUUGAUGAUGUGGUGGGCAUCGUAGAAAUCAUCAACAGCAGGGACGUUAAAGUUCAGGUAAUGGGUAAAGUGCCAACGAUUUCCAUCAACAAGACAGACGGUUGCCAUGUGUACCUGAGCAAGAACUCCCUCGACUGCGAAAUCGUCAGUGCCAAGUCAUCAGAGAUGAAUGUCCUUAUUCCCACAGAGGGUGGUGACUUCACUGAAUUCCCUGUCCCAGAACAGUUCAAGACAGUGUGGAACGGCCAGAAGUUGGUUACCACCGUGACGGAAAUUGCCGGCUAAGCAGAAAAGCUCCAAGGCUCAUGCCCUCCCCUGGCCCCGCUGUGGGAUAAAUCUGCUUUCAGAUGAUUCUCUUAGAUUUCUUGUACCUUUCUGCUCUCAAACUGCUUCUCUUCUACCCGAGAGACACAGCUACCUGCCAUCACUGAAAUACCUCUGCCUGGGGUUUGGUGUAGGUGGCGGGUUGGUUAUCGUCCACAUCUAUUAGCAGGAAGGUGGUUUGUUUCGUUUCGUUUUCCUCCCCUUGUCUGAUCUAACAGCACCAAUUGGUCAAGUCAGAUUUUCGGUGAACUUCACAGCCAGUACUGGCAGUUGGCUUUCAGAGUGGUGUUCGG